AUGAUUCAGAACAGAGAUCAGUUCAGUUUCAAGGGAUUAGUUCAGAUAAAUGACAGUAAACAAGUGAAUGAAAUCUAUUUUCGAGAUCUCAGUACAAACAAAAAUGUCCCAAUUAGAGAAGUUAAAGCUGAAAAUAUUGGUAAACUCGUUACAGUACGGGGAAUAGUUACACGCUGCACUGAAGUGAAGCCAAUGUUGAGUGUUGCAACUUAUACAUGUGAUCAGUGUGGGGCAGAGACUUACCAGCCAAUUGCUUCUCUGAGUUUCAUGCCCAUUAUCAUGUGCCCCAGUGAUGACUGUAGGAUAAAUAAGUCAGGUGGUCGCUUAUAUUUGCAAAGUAGAGGAUCCAAAUUUGUUAAAUUUCAGGAAGUAAAAAUACAGGAACACAGCGAUCAAGUUCCUGUUGGACAUAUACCACGUACUCUAACAAUAUUUUGUAGAGGAGAGGUAACAAGAAAAGCAUUACCAGGUGAUCAUAUUGCAGUAACUGGUGUUUUUUUGCCUUUGAUAAAACAAGGUUAUAAUCAAUUAAGAGGUGGUCUUCUAUCAGAAACUUAUUUGGAAGCGCAUGAAAUCAUGUCUUUGAACAAAACAGAUGAAGACAAAACAAAUAAUCCUCUUACUCCGGAAGAAUUAGCAACUUUAACAGAAGAUGAUUUCUAUACAAAAUUAGCAAUGUCUUUGGCUCCAGAAAUUUAUGGGCAUUUGGAUGUCAAGAAGGCCCUAUUGCUUCUUUUGGUUGGUGGUGUGGAUAAAAGACCCGAUGGAAUGAAAAUUCGCGGAAACAUAAAUAUUUGCCUUAUGGGAGAUCCUGGUGUAGCCAAGUCUCAAUUAUUGGGAUAUAUCAACAGAUUAGCACCUAGGAGUCAGUAUACUACAGGACGUGGUUCUUCCGGUGUUGGAUUGACAGCUUCUGUGAUGAAAGAUCCAAUAACCGGAGAAAUGAUGUUGGAAGGUGGUGCUUUAGUAUUGGCAGAUAAGGGUGUUUGUUGCAUUGAUGAAUUUGAUAAAAUGGCUGAUGAGGAUCGAACUGCCAUCCAUGAAGUUAUGGAACAACAGACUAUCAGUAUUGCAAAGGCUGGUAUCAUGACUUGCCUCAACGCCAGAGUAUCCAUCCUCGCUGCCGCUAAUCCUGCUUAUGGUCGCUAUAACCCCAAAAGAACAAUCGAACAGAAUAUCCAACUUCCAGCUGCUCUUCUUUCACGUUUUGAUAUACUUUGGCUGAUUCAAGAUAAAGCUGAUAGAGACAAUGAUCUCAGACUUGCUAAACAUAUAACUUAUGUCCAUCAAUACAGCAAACAGCCCCCAACACAGACAGAAGCCUUGGAUAUGAGCAUUAUGAGGAAAUACAUUGCCAUGUGUAAGAUGAAAGAUCCUUCUAUUCCCGAAGACUUGACAGAUUUUAUAGUUUCUUCUUACGUGGAAUUGAGAAAGGAUGCUCGUAACUCCAGGGAUAUGACUUUCACUUCAGCUAGAAAUCUCUUGGGAAUUUUGCGACUUUCAACAGCUUUAGCUCGCCUGAGGUUAUCAAAUAUUGUCGAAAAAGCUGAUGUUAAUGAAGCUAUCAGGCUAAUGGAAAUGAGCAAAGAUUCACUGAAUCAGACUUUCGAAAAUAAUGGAUAUAG